AUGAUGAAUACGCUCGCAAAUCAUGGAUUCCUUCCACAUGAUGGCAAGAACAUCACCAGAGAAACCCUUAUUGAAGGUCUACACGAUGCUCUGAACUUCAACUCCUCGCUUUCCUCCUUGAUGUUUGACAUGGGUGUUGUCGCCAAUCCGAAACCCAACGCGACAUACUUCACGCUCCGAACCGACGACUUCUUCGGAAGCAACCACAUCUUCAACGAAACCAUCUUCAACGAGACGAAAGCAUACUGGACCUCAGAGACUCUCACACCCGCCAUGCUGGCCAAUAGCAAAAUUGCCCGCCAAAUCAACUCAAAGGCGUACAACCCAACCUACAAAUUCUCCUCAAUGACCGAGCAGUUCAGUCUUGGCGAGGUAGCUGCCCCAGUGAUUGCGUUCGGAAACUCUACAUCCGGGGAAGUAAACCGAACCCUGGUUGAAUACUUUUUCGGUGAGUGUGGGCAGUUAUCCUGUGUCGGCAUUUUCGCUAAUGUUUCAUAUGUGAUUGUAGAGAACGAGCGCCUCCCGACUGACCUGGGCUGGAAGAAAACUUCGAAGCCCGUCACCCUCGACGAUAUCUUGAGAGUCACCCAGAUGAUCAGCAAUGCAACGAGCCUGAUCACCUCAUCUUCCGCAUCCAAACGUCGUGUUAGGACUGAGUUGUGA